AAGGAGACGCUUUACCAUUACAUCCGAGAAGAGUUUCUAAAAAAGUCUGCAGCGUCUGAGGAGCAGGCAGCUGAUUACAUGGACUGAAGACACUCCCUGAAAUCACACCAUGUCUCUGUGGCCUGAUAAGUUUCUGUUUCUCUGAGGAAUGAGCCUUAGUGUCUAACAGAAUCAUAGAUCUAACUCUGUAAAAUGGGCCUUUUGUCUAACGGCAUGUGACUCUUUCUCAACCUGGUAAAGCGUCUCAGCAAUAGCGAUGAAGUGUGUAGAAGGGUAAAACAAGUUGUGCCUUUUUAUGGAAGGAUAAAAAGAAACGGUUCAUUACAGAAAUAAGCAGGUUGACAAAUGAAUGCCAGAAAAAUAACAUUGACACAAUGUCUAAUAAGAGAUUCCAUGAAGAUUUGAAAAGUAGGAAGUUGUGUCUACCUCAUUAUUUUAACCUGUUCUAUAUUGUUUACAGGUUAGUAGAGAAAAAUCAGCGUCUGUUACACCGACACCAGCCCUGGUGCGUGUCACAGAUUCUUGGGGGCUUGUCCGGGAUCGGCACCACCCACUGGUCAGGAGCUGAUCCAAAUAUUGAUGACUGGGACCAGGAGCGAGCAGUUUCUACUACAAUUUGGAGUACUAAAAGGAGAGACUGUCUUGACAGGGGUCAGUGGUUGGCCUUUGAGACUGAGUGUGAGAAGGGAAGAGAGCAACUAGUCGGAUGUUGGAUGAAAAGGCCUGGUGUGAGACAUUAGGAAAAGUCUUCCGAACCUGUCUGCAAGCGAACUCUUUCAGAUCGCCAAACAUGUUGGUCCUGUGCCUGACAAAGAUCUGUCUAUGCUAGAGAUGAUGAUCCUGAGGGCUGCCUGGAAUACAUUAAUGCAUUCAUGUACAGUAAAACCUCUCUGUGAGUCAGAGGACAAAGGGAUGGUUAAAUUAUUGGUUGACCACUAUUGACAAAGUGGUCCAAGUACGUAAAGUAAUGUUGGCAGAGAAGGUUUCUGAUGUUGAUGUUAAUGCCAUUGUUGAACCAUAUAACAUAACUCUUACUAAAUCCUCUAACACAACACAGGGUGUGGUUAGUGACCUGAGUCCACCUACUACCAUACAUUACUCAGACAAAAUGUCUGCAGCUCAAACAAACAUUGCUGUCACUACAUAUGACAACACUAACACAGCUGCAGUAAAUCCAACAGCAUCCAUACUAAAUGAUGAUUUGCAAACAAUUCUGUUAAGCUACACAGACCUGGGCAAAAAGCUGAUGCAGUGUGUUGACCCUUCGGUUACAAACCCAGCUUCACCUCAGUUUGCAGCUACCAGAGUUGGGGCAUCCCGAGACCUUAAAGUGGAAAGCGGGCCAAAUGGCAACCACCAGCAGCAAUAUGAACAAUUUGUCCCCAUCAGAGAACUUUCAUUUCUUCCCCGGAGAGAAUUUAAGAUUCAAGGUGGCCAGAUUGGUGAUGAUUCAUCUGACAUAUCCUACAGUAAUGUGUGUAGACAAAUUGACAAGGGGAUUCAAAAUAACUUUGCUGACUCUGAUAUUGUCCAGGCUAUGCUCAAGAUAAUUAAACCAGGUAACUUCAAAGACAUGUUGAUAAACAAAGGUGAUAUGAAAGUUACAGAGCUGAAGGGAUUUCUACAAUCUCAUCUGAGGGAGAAGAAUAGCGCUGAACUGUUUCAAGAGUUGAUUUGCACCAAACAGCUUGACAGUGAGACUCCACAACAGUUUCUUUACAGAGUAAUGGGACUAAAACAGCGAAUAAUGUUCACUUCUAACCUCCCUGAUGCCAGUAUUAAGUACAGCAAGGCAACAGUUCAAGAUGUAUUCUUACACACUGUUUAUCAGGGGCUCGGGCAUAAACACAAUGACAUUCGAAGGGAGCUGAAAUCCCUCUUGGCUGAACCUGAUGUCAAAGACGAGAAAAUCCUAAGGCAUGUAAUGAGGAUAACAAGUGAGGAAAAUGAGAGACGACAAAGAUUAGGACCUGUACCCUGUCAGAACCUCGCCACUGUCCGCAGUGCACAGUUUGACACCGACACACCACUAGAACAACAUGCAGCACACCAGAGGAGCAAGUCAGUUGUCGACACUGACAUCAUCAACCAGCUAACCUCAAGAAUUGAUGCUCUCACUCAAAUGGUGGCUUCUUUGAAACAAGGUGCAAGAGCACAACAGUUUGAGCAAGCCUGCCAGUGUUCACAAAGAAGAAUAGGUCAGGUGAGGAGACAGAGAGCAAACAGCUGUCCCACCUGUGUUGAAAAUGGCUCAUCAAAUUGUAACCAUUGUUUCUUUUGUGGUGUAGAGGGUCACAGCGCUGUUGGCUGCCUCAAAAGGUUGCAGCAGCAGGAAAACUACAGCCGGUCACUGGAGAAGGGACAACCAGUGACCGGGGUCCAGCCCCAACCAAAGACAACAUCAAGUCUACAAGAUACCCCUGUCUCCACAGCUGGGGUGACAAAGAGACCAUCUCAGAGAAAAGAAAAUAGUGCUAAUUUGUCACAGGACUCAGUAAUCAAGAAAAAUGAACAGGUUGCAAGGCUGAUUGAGAGAAAAGGUCUGAUCCAGUGCUACCUUAAUGGACUAGAUGUAAAUGCAUUACUAGACACGGGGGCCCAAGUCAGCAUGAUUGAUUGCACCUGGAAAAACAAACAUUUGCCAAAUAUUGACAUUCAACCUCUGGACUACUGAACAAUGAAGAUGAAAGUGAAUUACAAGUAUAUGCUGUCAAUGGGGAUCUGAUUCCAUUUGAUGGAUGGGUUGCCAUAACUGUAAAUCUACCUGGAAAUGAAGACCCCAAUCUGAUGAUUAGGGAGCUUUUCUGGUGAGCAGUCUGUCCAUUGAAAGACCCCUACUUGGUUUCUAUGUAGUGGAUGAACUGAUCCUGGGACAACAAAACAAGCCAACACUCCAACACUCAUAAUGUUAUUCUGUGGGGCCAUCUCAAUCUCAAAAGAUAAAGCUGAGAGGAUAGUGAAUUGCAUAUCCACCACUAAACCCAGCAUACAACAGGGGUGCCUCAAGGUUGGCCGACAUGAUGUCAUCAUUCCAGCAGGGCAAGUUUCAUGGAUAAAAUGCAGGGUCCCAUGUAAUAUGGACCCUUCUGACUGCCUUGUCCCUUUAGAGCCAGGUGAAGAGGGUGCAACCCCACAAGAGUUGGAUGUUGGAGGGGGUUUGUUUGAAAUUCAGAGCUAACUACUUUGUUUGUUCCUGUUGGAAACAACAAAAACAUGACAUAGUCCUGCCCCAACAGACUACUUUAGGUUGGAUUCAGUCAAUCAAGAGUGGUAGAGACGUACUCACCUAUUGAUGAUGCUGGGGACCAGCCAGAAACUACUGUGAAGAUCAGCAGCACGACUACUGCAACUGCUGAUGAAAAUUCCACUCAGUGGCACCCCCACCAGUUGACCUUAGCCAUGUGGAGGAGGAACUGAAGGAGAAAGUGACAGAGAUGCUCUACGAAGAGUCAACAGUCUUUGUUCAAAAUGAAAGCGACAUUGGUUGCAUACCAAAUCUUCAAAUGUCAGUCACUGUCAAAGAUGAUAUUCCUGUUCAGAGAGCGUAUACCAGUGUACCCAAACCACUGCUAAAAUAAGUCAGAGUACAUCCAAGAUCUCCUGCCAAAAGGGUGGAUAGUAAAAUCUAAAUCCCCAUAUUUAGCUCCAGUUGUGUGUGUGAGAAAAAAGGAUGGGACACUGCAGCUGUGCAUCGACUAUCGUCUAUUAAACCAAAAGACUGUCCCUGAUUGAAGGAGCAUUAGAAGGACCAUCUCUCACAAAUUGUACAUGCAUACAAUUGUACGAGACAUGAGUCCACUGGUUUCUCACCUUAUUAUUUGAUGUUCAGCCACCACCCCUACGGCUGCCAGUUGAUCCCUUAGGGUGCGUUCACACUGCAGCCUGAAGUGACUCAAUUCCGGUUUUUUUGACGUAAUGCGACCUGUA